AUGCGACGGCCCAGCGAAGGGAGCGACGGCCGCGCCGCGUACGGCGGUGCGACGCGCGAACACGCGGGCCACGCUCCGUGGAUGUCGCCGCGGAAUGGCACUAUACCGAGUACUUCGCCGUUUUUCUCGCACCGUGGCACGCAGCAGGAGGAAGAGGGCGCGACACGCGCGACGCGUCCGCCCCCGCUCGCGCGGUGGAAGACCACAGGCUCUCCGCACUUGAGCCGCACGCCGCAAAAGGGCAGCGGCGUGUUUGCGUCACCACGCACAUAUGCCUCGCCUUCGCUCGAUGAGACAGUGAUCGAUGCCAUGUCGACAGCGGACCUCUUGCUGCACGCCUCCGCAGCGCGUGGGCGCGCCGCUGCACAGAGCCGCACGCCGCAGUGGUCUCAGCCUUCGAUGCUGGGGACACCGACACACAUGCGUCGCAUCCCAUCCUCGGGAUUCCUCGAGCCGCUUUCGCCGUCGAUGGGCGCCUUUUCGCCCAUCUCGUCUGUGUCGUGGGAUCCGACACAGGCCCUGGUGCGCCGCUCGCAGUCGGUCGGGCCCGAGACGUUACAAGCGCCACCGUCGCCGCGCACAUUGCUCGAUGAUUUGCUCGUGACACAUACGCAGCUCGAAGUGCAAUCCCACGCGGCGCUCGCCUUGGAAGACGUUGCGGAGCUCAAGGCGACGCGUGCGCACCUCGAAGAGCGCCUCGCGGACCUCAAGUACAAGGUAUCGCUGCAGCAGCGCAUCCGCAGCGCGACCACGGCCCUGCGCAACUCGCGCUGGGCCGCCUCGCAGCAGAACGGGCCGAGCAGCGACGAGUUCCUCGAGAAUGCAGAUGUCGCCCAGGCCAUGGAACGCGCAGACGCGGCGAUGCAUGAGUACAUGGAGCUUGCCCACGAGGUGCACUCCAUCGAGACUCAGCUGCUGGGGCACCACAUCGCGGUACUGCGCGACCACCUCACAUAUAAGAACCCGCAACAGCAAAAUACGCUCGCGGGCGGCGUCCAUACGGCGCUGCAGCGUGCCGCACACACGGCUGCGGACCAGGAGCGGCGCGUGCAAGAGCUCGAGGAAGAGCACGAGCAGACGCGCGACGCACACGCGUCGCUCCAGCGCGAACUGCACGAAUCACAAAAGCAAAAGCGGCACCUCGACGAGAAGCACGAAAGGACGACGCGCGAGCUUGCGGCCGAGCAGGCAUCGCGCAAGACGCUGCUCGCGAGCCUCGAGAGCGUCUUGCAGGACGCCGCGACGAGCCUCGUGCAGGAUCCGGACGACACGCCACGCGUAAUCGAAGCACCGCAGGCCGACCCCAUCGCAGACCGCAUGGCGCACGCCGCCGAACAGUUCCGCGCGCAGCACCAGUCGCUUCGCCGGGCCCUGGCGGACGAGCAGGCGGCGCACGAUGCGCUGAAGCAAAAGUGGCAGGACGCAAACGAUCAUUUGGACACGACCACCACCGAAUUUGAAAAGGCACUGGGGGGGCGUGUCGAGGCCAACCUUGCGCUGGAGAGCGAGGUGCAAGCACUCCGUACGCAGCUCCAAGACGCGCAGGAAGACGUCCAAGAGGCGCGUGCAGUGCUCGAGGCCGAGCAGGACGAGGCACAAGAUGUGCGGGUCGCACUCGCCAAGGCCACGUCGGAUGCAGAGGCGGCCAGAGACGAGCUGGCCAAGGCGCAGGCGGAAACGUUGCGUCUCGAAUCGGCGCUCGCGCAAGCGCAGAGCGAGUCGGACACCCACCGCACCGCACGCGAAGCCGCCGAGGCCGAGAGCGAAAAGCACGCUUCUGCCCUGGCCGAGGCGCUGCAAACAGCCGAAGGCCACCGCUCUGCUCGCGAAGCCGCCGAGGCCGAGAGCGAAAAGCACACGUCUGCCCUGGCCGAGGCGCUGCAAAAAGUCGACGACCACCGCUCUGCUCGCGAAAUGGCCGAAGUAGAGAGCGGAGUGCAUGCCGCGGCACUUGCCGAGGCGCAGCAAGAGUCCGAGACGCACCGCACCGCGCGCGAGGCGGCCGAGGCACAGAGCAAGGAACAGAACAAGGAGCACGCCGCCGCCCUGGCUCGUGCCGCCCAACAGCACGCCGAGGAGCUUGCUGCGGUGCAGGCCAAGCUCCAAGAGUCGUUUGGGCACUCGAUGGCACAGAGCCGCAGCGUGCCUAGUACCCUGGACGAGACGAACGAGUCGCACGAGGCGCGCCUCCAGGCCGAACACGAAGAAAGCCGUCUCUUGGAGAUCCAGCUGCACGGCGAACCGGCCGAGCCCGAGAGCAUCGUCGGUGAGCCAGACGUGGCCGUGCAGGACGUGCCGACCGGCUCUGCCACGCUGUCGGUGCCGGGCGACGAGAAGCGUUCGCUGUCCGACCGCCUGAACGACACGCUGCACAGCUCACCGGGUGCCGCCCUUUCGCCGGGAAGCGCACACUCGUGGGGCAGCACGUCGCCGUCGAGCCGCCGUACGUCGGCCGCGUCGUCACGCCCGCGGCGUACCAAACCCACCGAUGUGUCGGGUGUCGAGGCCGCGAAUGAUGCACUGCAGCUGCAUUCCGAGCUUGAAACGGAACGCGAGCAGCGUGCGGCGCUGCAAAAGCAGCUCGACGAGCUGCAUGCGCAGCACGCACACGUUGCGGCGACGCUCGAGCAGGCGCAGGCUGCGCUCGAGCAGCAGGCGAAGCGUGCGGAUCGGGACUCGGGCCCGCACAGCAUCGACGCCGUGCCGCCUUCCAUGCCAACGUCUGCCGUGCGGGCGCCUGCCGUGCGGGCGCCUGCCGUGCGGGCGCCUGCCACCGAGGCCGCGCCCGGCGCUAAUGGGCUGGCGCAGGACGCCUCCGCUCCUCUCGUUGCCGCGCCCGAGCUCCCAAGCCAAGGCACCGAGAGCGCUCAGUAUGCCGAAAGUGCUCAGUACGCGGAAAGCGCUCAGUAUGCCGAGAGCGCCCAGUACGCCGAGAGCGCUCAAUACGCCGAAAGCGCUCAGUACGCCGAAAGCGCCCAGUACUCCGAAAGUGCUCAGGACGCCGCCGCUGCACAACGCUCGAUCAGCACGCCUGUGUUGGCGGCCAACAUUCCCCUCCCCGACACCCCCACGGUCCCUGAGCCGACGGCGCGCGCCGCGCGCGGCUUCGGCCUCGGCCUUAAUAUUCCCUCCCACGCAUCGCAACCUACGGCCCCAUCCAAUCCACUCGUUUCCAGCGCGUCCUCGGACGCGAAGCGUGCAUCCGACCCAAGCGCCUCUGUGGAUGCGGCCAGUGCGCCCGAGCUUGCGUCGCCGUGGCAGACACGUAGGCGCGUCCCCGACGGGGCGCCCACCUCGGCUCCGUCCGAGUCCUCCCCCGCGUCGCGGGGUCUCGGGCUGAGCACGUCGAUGGCGUCGCCAUCGUACCCCCUGCGAUCCGCGCCGCUGCCCGGCGACGAUCUGCGCUCGCCCUACUCGCGCGGUUCGCGCGACUCGUGGGACAGCCAGGCGCAGACCGCGCUGCUUGCCGCCGGCAUGUCCCCCCGCGGCAGCGACGGGCAGGUGCGGGGCCGCGAUGCGCGUACGCGUCUGUUGGAAGUGCAGGUCGACAAGCACCGCCGUGCGGCCGAGCAGUCGCGUGCCGCCUACGAAGAGCUCAAGGCCAAGUACGACGCGGAGCACGACCUCGGCGAGCAGCAGCAGGCCGUGGCGCGUACGUGGGCCGAGGAGUGGAAGCGCUUCUCGGAGCGCCUUGAGCAGCAGGACAAGUUCUGUGCGCGUGUCCUCGGCAAGGACGAUGGGCGUGAAGAGAUGGACGAGCUCCUGAGCCAAAUCAAGGCGUCGUCGUACACGCGCCCUGCGCCCCCUGCGGCGCUUGUCGAGCGGUCGCAGGCGGCCGUCGACGAGUUCGACAAGCUGAUCUCGAAGCUGGAAGAGCACAUUAGCGACAUGGCCGAAGGGCUCGCGAGCGCCGGCACGUCUGGCCUCGGGAGCAAUGUCAUGGCGCAGCUCGAGGACCAGAUCGAGGAUCUGCAAGAGCAGCUGCAGGCGCGCGACGCGGAGCUGGCCGCGACGGCCGCCGGCGAAGGCGCCGGCUCCGCCUCGGCGCUGCUUGCGCGUGCGCGUGCGGCGGAAGAGCAGCUGGCCGUGUGUCUGUAUAGCCUUGCGCUGGUCAGCGCGCUGCUUCCCCCGAAGGACGCGCUGGCGCACAGCAUGUCGCUGCCCCUCAGCGCGGUCCACGCGCUGUUUGCCGCGGCACAGCCCGGCACGCCCAGCGCGCUCGAGGCGGUGCGCGCGGCGUAUGGCACGGCGUUUGACAGCGCGGUGCACAUGCUCCUCGCGAGCGGCGACACGCCGCGCGCCGCGAGCCCCGCGUUUGCGCACCGCGUCGACGCGGUGCUCGCCUCGCUCCCCAGCGAGCUGCGCCAUGCGAUCUCGGCGCUGCUGGCCGACGUCUUUUCGCGGCUGAUCGCGACGAUGAACACGAGCGAGAUGGUGACCGAGCGUGCGAUCGUCCUCGAAGAGUCCGUGCAGCGAUACGUCGACUCGGCGCCGGUCACACCGAUGCCGGACGCUGGCGUGAUGGUGGACCCCGAUGUAGAAUAG